AUGCCUCUCGCGCAGCAAACCUCCGCCUCUCAAACACCACACAUCUCCCCCGCCGAACUCUCCUACCUCUACACUUCCCUCUCCUCCCCCUCUGGACCCAUUCGCCCCGACGGCCGCUCACCAACACAAUUUCGUUUCCUGACUGCCGAAACGGGUAUAUUACCAGGCACAAAUGGUAGCGCACGUAUCGGGUUUGCGGAUGGUACGGAGGCUAUUGUGGGUGUGAAGGCGGAGUUGGAGAGGACACUUGCGACCGAUGCGCUGGAUUUGAGGCAGUUGCAGGAAUUGGAGCAGGGUGCUGAUUACGGAGAUGAGGAUGGUGGGGAUGAAGGUGGUGGUAGUGGCGAGGGAAGUCAUACGGCGCAGGGACAGAGUGCGUGGGUGCAGAUGUCUAUUGAGAUUCCUGGGUUUAGGGAUGAUGAUGCCCUGCCUGUGUUUUUGUCGGAGAUGAUGAGGGAGUCUCUUGUGGGAUCUGCGGCGGGUGGAAGUGAGGAUGCUAAGAUGGUUGGGGGGUUGAAAGGUCGACUAGUUAUUAACCGUCGAUGGCAUUGGAGGCUCUACAUUGACGUCCUGUUACUAUCAUCGCCACAAUCAUACCCUCUACCACUCCUCUCAUUAACGACACAUCUAGCUUUACUCUCAACUCGAUUACCAAAACUCAAAUCCCAAGGCGAAGAAGACCCUUUCUUCGAAGACGACUGGAAUCUAUCAGAAUACAUCUAUCCGCGACCUACGGGCGCCACACAAAAACAAACACAGCGUCAAGCGCGUCCACCAGUGACUCUCCUCGUCAUAUCUACAGGGCAAAAUGUCAUUUUCGACCCAACCCGAGAAGAAAUCGCAGUCGCAGAUGCCGUACUCGCCGUCUCGAUCGGCCGCGAACAAGACCUUGAGAACACAGACGCGAACUUGAAACUACUCUCCAUUCGCACAAUUGACCCGCCCUCAAGACUGACGCAGCAUGGUGUUCCGGACUCGGAGAAUGCGGCUACUCUGGCUGCCCUUGCUGCUGGCCCUACUGCUGCUGCUGGUACUCGCGCAGAGACUGCCUUUGCCGGUACGGAUGAGGAAGUACCUGGUGUAUGGAAGCCGAGAAGGGGUGGUGUAUCGCGCAGCGUAAUAUCAAAAAUUGUCAAGAUGGUGCUGGCGAAGGGGGGUGUUGGUGACGAGGUCAUGGAGGGUUUGGAGGGUGUUGAGGUGAGCUGA